AUGAAAGAGAGGAAGCGAGUGGCGUGGAUCUUGCUGCUGCUUGCUGUUCUGUUUGCGUUGUGCUGGAUGCCAUAUAACAUUAUGCAGCUUCUACUCGACAUCAAUGCCGUCAAUCCUAAGGACCUAAGCAUGUACCUGCCAUACGCAUUGUUCAUUGGUCAUGCAAACUCCGCUAUAAAUCCAAUAGUUUACUGCCUAAUGACCAGAAACUUCCAGAGGUCCGCGAGGAAACUCCUAUGCGGCCGAGGUGUCUGUCAACAAACGCAUUUUACGUGGCGAUGCACUCAGAAACCAGAUGGCUCAUCCAGCGACUACGAGCUCUACCAUGAGCCACAUAAAAGGUGCUACUUACAGUUCAAGUGCGUACAGUUCCCCGUGAGUGUUUGCUUCGCGAUAACUAUCAAUAAGUCGCAGGGGCAGACACUGAGGGCAGCGGGUGUCUACCUCAGGACGAGCUGCUUCUCACACGGGCAGCUGUACGUCGCUUGCUCCCGCCUGAGCCAUGUGCCUCGCCCCUCGCGCCGCACCGCGCCUGCGGACGCGCAUUCCGCUGAAAUGCUGCAGCGGUACGGGCACAUAGACUUCAGCGCUGAUUCCUGCCGCGCGAGGGCGAUGACGCGCAGAGACAGUGUUACGCCUGCACACUUGAUGACACGUUCAAGUAAAUAUGACUAUACAUACAGUGAAACUAGUUGA